AAUGAAAAAGGCAAUUUUCUUCAAAUUUUCACUUGAAUUGGAAAUUGUUUACUUUCCGACUAGACUAUUUUCGUUCAAUCGUGAUGUGAAUAUGAUUAAUGUUUAUUUACAUAAUAGUUACAUGUGUUGCAUUUCAAUUUAAGUAGGACAGCAAAGUUUUCUUCAGCCAUUUUUUGUGAAGCAAUAAAAACUGUUGGACAUAAUUUCCCUGGUAGUUGUUUUCAUAUGCUCCACUAAAAUACUUUCCUAGUUGAAUUCUAACAAAUUCAGAUAAUUAAUGAUUGUGCCCUUUUCUAGACCAGUUAGAAAGAUUGAUUUCCAUCAUUGAAUAGUUGCAGAAGGGGCGCUGAAAUGUCUAAAGCAAAUACUAAGAAAAAGGAAUCGACGUCCAGUAAAGAUAAAGCUUCCGACAAAGAAUCGUCGCAGCAAGCUAUAGACGUAAAGUUGGAAUUGAACAGGCUCAAAAGAGUUGUUUACCUUACCGACCUCACACCUAGAUAUAUAGCAGGAAAUCCAGAACUCUUCUUUCUCAGAAACUUUGCAAUUAAUCUCUCAUUCGUUGGUGAUAUUUUAGCACAAGAGGAGAAUGUUCAAGCCUUUGUGGAUGUUGUGAAAAAGGCCAAUAAUGAUCCGAAUCUGCCCAGGCGUGUUACCCUCUUUUAUGUUUUAGCAUACGCUCUGAGAAAUCACACUCCCAAAAACGAGGUCACAAAUCAACUUGCCGAUACAGUCUUGGAGAUUUGCAAAACUGAUGAAGAAUUUUUCAAGUUCAUAAGUGUCUUUUCGAUGAUUAAAGGUCGAGGACGCGAUCUGAAAAGUAAUGAAUCUUAUAAUAAGAUCACGACUUCUAUGAGUCGAAUUAUCAGAAAAUUUCUCGAGAAGAAAACUCCUUCGGAAUAUGCUAAAGCUGUUGCUUCAACGAAGGGCCAUCACAGUUGGCAGUAUAAAGAUCUGAUUAAGUUAUCUCAUUAUAAAAGUGAGACUUCAGAAAAAUUAUUAGUAACGGAUUAUGUACUGCAUGGUAUGGAGAAUCUAUUAGAACCUGAAAAUAAUGAAAUGAAAGAGGUUUAUGAGAUAUUGCAAGAAUGGGAAAUGUUGAGGCAUCCCUCUACUAAAAUUGAGAAGAUUUGCGAUCUUAUCGUAAAAUUAAAAGCAACUUAUAGGAAUAUUAAUCCUAAAUACAUCAAAGAGCAACAGGUUUGGGCUGCAAUCAUUCCUCAACUACCAAUUGAAGAAGUGAUGCAGUUCCUUCCGAAAUUCCUUAAAUACGACAUGUUAGAACCUCAAGAGACAUCUCUAGUACACGCAAAGGUCAUGGAGGCGCUUUCCAUCCCUAAUAUUAGAUCAGCUAAGGUUAAUCCAUUAGAGAUAUUCAUUCAUUUGAAGAAUUUUCAAAAGGGUGGAAAGCCGAUCGAUCCCAAGUUGGAACAUUAUCUGAAGAGCAAAAAUCUUCCCAUUAAAGUUCCUGCCUCGAUUUCCGAAGACAAUUCUAUAUCGAAAAUUUUGUACAAAUGUUUCCUGGAUUCGUAUCCGUUGGAUACAAGUGUGUUGGGUUUGAGCAGGAACGUUAUGAUAGUAUUAGAUGUAGCACAAUACGAUAGUGCUUGUUUCAAACAGAGGAAUAUAACGUGUUUGGAAGGGGCAGUGGCAUUAACGACAUAUUUUUCUAAGAGUGAGAAACAAAUCGAUAUAACCGUUUUUGAUGGAGAAACACUGGAAGAAUUCGAUUGGGAUAAUAGUUCGGAUUCGUUCAACAAAAAUUUGAAAAAACUGAAAGAAGUAAAACCUUCCAAAUUGAAUCUUCACACUAUAUUCGAUUGGACGGUUGAAAAUGAGAAGAAUAUUGACCUUUUUAUCUGUUUCAUACAGAGUGCUAAGUCUCUACCAACUAACCCUAAAGAUUUCAGGAAAACAUUUAAAGAGGCCUACAAAAACUACCAAACUAAAACUUUGUGUAUGGACAUAAGAAUUAUAACGAUAUGCUUGGGUUCACAUAAUCUAGCACCGUUUCCAGAAUGUAUAAAUUCCUUGACGAUAUGCGGAUUUUGUCCGGAAAUACCAAAAGUGAUUCAUUCUUUCGUAAACGGGGAUCUCCAUCAGCUUAAAAGUCGAAUUUCGAAGAAUUGAUCAGGGCUGGAUUGUUUAAAACACAAUCUAUCCUUAUCGAUAGUUUUUCAUCUAACCAAUCAUUUGAUUUCGUGGAGUCAUAGAUACUUAACCAACCUAUCUUUCGUGAAUUUUCCUGGAUAAAUCAACGGUGUAGCAAUUACGCUAUCCGAUUUGUUGGAAAUGGAGAAAAUCAUGCUAAAAAUACCCUGAUAUAUUGCCAAGUUCACAUUUUUGGUUAAGUUUAAAAUUUAGGUGACGUUUCCUAAUUAACUGUCAAAAUAUGGGGUUGUCGCUGGUUGGCGUGGGGCAGGAAAACUUUCACACAUAUGACAUAUGUAUGUAUGUCUAGUCUAUGGUUUAAAGAAAUACUGCCCUGCCCUACAGUAACCAAUGGCAACAAAACAAUUGAUUUUGGCAGUUCUUUAGAGGGUUAUAAUUUUUUCUGAAGAUUGAUUUUGGUUGAAAUUAGGAUAACUUCGAACUGACUUUGAUUUUGGCAGGCCAAAAUGAACGAAUCGCUGAAACAAUCGCUGCCUGAUUAAACUUUUUUUGUGAUAAAUGAUAAUUGCCUAUCUCAAUGGGUGUGACGAUGUGAUCUAUAAGCAAUUUUAUUGUAACUUACCUCAAGGAAAACCUUCUUUCUUCGACAUAACUACUGUGAUGUUUCCAUUUAUACACAGUGAUAGGGCUAGCGAUUGUAGUUUUGAGCAACUUUUUUUUUAUUUCUUUAGAGGGUUUAUUAAUCUCGUAUUCUGUUUUGUUUACACAGGUUUUUGUCAUGAGACACAUUGAUGAUUCAUUGAUUGUUGAUACUGAUUUUAUUCAUUGAGAGAACGAGCUCUUCUUGUUCAUACACUUCGAAUUGAUUAGAUUCAAUAAUUUUUUCAUUGAAAUAAUAUUAUAUUUUUGUAACAUGCAUUUGUACCAUUUAAAUACAAAAUGAAUGCUGCCUUU